GGUUUUGGGAGAAGUACCGUCCCCCAAAAUUUGUUUGCUAGAAGAAAAACGUCUCCGGCGUUGAAAAGAGGUCUCUCCACUCUCCCCUUCGACAGAAACAUGUUGCGAAAGGGAAAAGAGCAGUAAGUCUCUCCCACUGGCAGGGAGUCUUAAGGGCUUGUGAUUAAUUACUCUGGAGUGAAAAAGUUGUCAGCUCUUUGUGUAUGCAAUAAAUUAGAGGCUCCUCAGGUGAGCGCUACGUACGUGGACAUCCCCACUGCGCAUCUUCUUCCACGACCGCGCCUCUUUAUAAAGAUUAUCCGGACUUGGAGCGGCACGACAACUUUUCUCCAUCUCGUAUUGGAGCAGCAGUGGAGUCUGUGGUGCACUAUAGAUUCUCUUCGCAUUGCCUUGAUGUCGUUACUCAAGACAAAGCUGUUGGGUACAUUUGAAGUUUGUUUAGGAAUUAGACAUCUGGAAAUGUACAUUCAUCAACAAGACAUUUGUUACCCGUCAGGUUAAUAAGUGCUCCCUAUGGUUGGAAGACAGACGAUCCGUAUGGAUAGUGGAAAUGGCCCAGUGACAGUUAUGGAUGAGAGUCCCACAUCUAGCCCCAGCCCCAGUCCUGACAUGCUGACCACCGACAGUCGGCGUCCAGAGGCCCUGCAGCUCUCCAGGGUGGUCCAGGCCGGUGGGCUCUGUGGCAGAGGACGGCCGGCAGCAACCAACGCAGCGCGGGAGAGGAGUCGAGUGCAGACCCUGAGAAGCGCGUUCCUGGAGUUACAGAGGACUCUGCCGUCGGUGCCACCGGACACCAAACUGUCCAAGCUCGACGUGUUGAUUUUGGCCACCACGUACAUUGCCCAUCUGACUCAGACCUUGCAAGAGGAAGGGAUGGAUGAGGGAGAUAGCACUAGACAAACAGAGGCCUUACGCUCGCUGAAAGGUGAUGGUUACCUGCACCCUGUGAAAAAGUGGCCGAUGCGAUCCAGGUUAUACGUCGGAGCCAGCGGUCAGUUUCUGAACAAUUCAAAACAGACAGAAAAUCGAGGUGAAUCAUCGUCAACCUCAAGGACAUAAAUCUUUCCAUUGCAUAAGGAACUUCUCAUUCAGACGACCAUUAAUUAUGAAGACUCUUUCAGCAGAAUCCACCCAUGAGGACUUUUGAAAUGAAUAGCAGACCAUGGUUCGUCGCCUGACAUUAUAAUUUUUAUUCAUCAAACAAUUGAAGUAUCUGCUUUUGACGUUUCAUAUCAUGUAAAGGGAGCAGUCACGAGACAGUCAACUCUUUCAAUUGUAGGAAACACAUUGUAAAUUAAUAUAUUAUGGGAUGUAUGUAUAUAACAUUUGAGAAAGCCUAAAUAUUGUUUCUCUGUUGUUAUUUUGGCCUUGCUCUGCUCUGUUUUCUGCAGUUAUGUACUUGUUGGAGGUAUUACCGUGUAUACUUUUAUUUUAAAUUCCAUGUGUUGGGUAAUGAUCUUUCGGGCUUGACUUGUUGGCUAUGCACUUUCAGUUAAAACAUUUGCACUAAAUGCAUGUGUGAAUAACUUAACAUCUGUCAUGUGAAGUGGUCUGUCAGAAUCUCAACAAUGGUAGGAGCCUCUUCAUCUCCCCUUCUUUCUUACGGGAAUGGUUGUUUAUGUGUUUGUUGAUAAUGGCUUGAGAAAUAAAAAGAAUGACAUGUCUCCCACUCCGUAGGUUGUAAAUACGUUUACUGAGAUGUAUUAGUUGUAAGUGAAUAAACAUGUUAUCUCAUUGAAGACAAGCUAUAUAUUUUAACAAUCAAGAGGGAUUCCAUUUUAUUAUUUGCCUAAAAAGGAAUUAUGAGUAAACAUUCUUUGGCAAUAUGACUUUUUUUUUGCAUGCAUGUGCUGACUCAGAUAAAUAUAUUACACUGGAAAAAAAUAAAUAGA